GUAGCUGUACUAUUUCUUAACUAACUGCUCCUCCAUCUCCAUCUCCAUCUUCAUCUCCAUCUCCAUCUCCAUCUUCAUCUUCCGUGAUGGACUACUCAUCAAUCUUCAAGAAUCUCCCCGGCACAGUCCUGGUCUUGCAGUCCUCAAGAAGCUUCUUCUCCGCCUCCUCAAGAUCAACAUCCCACUACCUCUUCACCAUCCUCAUCGCCCUCAUCCUCAUCAUCACCGUCUUCUUCUUCUCCGCCUCCGGCCCCGCCUCCCCCGCCGUCAUCUCCUACACCAGUCUCGCCUCCCGCCGCCUCCACUCCCCCUCCCUGUCCCCUUCCCACCCUUACACCAGCUGCACCGUCUCCGCUGUCCCCCUGCCCUCCCCCCCUCCUCCUCCUCUCACCGCCCUUCCCACACACACCCUCGACAUUCUUCACAACAAUGACGACGACGACGACGACCCGCAGCAGCCCACUUCUUGCAACGUGUUCGACGGCAGUUGGAUUCAGGACGAAGGAAUGGAGCCAUUGUACAGGCCCGGAACCUGUCCCUUCGUCGACGAAGCUUUCAAUUGCUUCGACAACGGUCGCCCCGAUUCGGACUACCUCAAGUUCAAAUGGAAACCUCGUGCUUGCGAAAUCCCAAGAUUCGAUGGCCUCAAAAUGCUCGACCUUCUGAGGGGGAAACAGUUGGUGUUUGUGGGGGAUUCACUCAACAGGAACAUGUGGGAAUCCUUCGUCUGUGCAAUUUGGGAGUCUUUACCUAAUAAGACCAACGUCGUCCAAGUCUCCGGCAGCCGCCAGUUCAGAACCCAAAGAUUCUAUUCCAUCAAAUUCCAGGAUUUCAACUGCUCUAUAGACUUCGUCAAGUCCCCCUUCCUCGUUCAAGAAUGGAAGUUCUUGGACAAGACCGGAAUUCGCAGAGAAACUCUGAGAUUGGACGUUAUGGAAAGCUACCACAACGAGUAUAUGGAUGCCGAUAUUGUGGUUUUCAACACAGGUCACUGGUGGACUCACAAGAAAACCUAUCAGGGGAAGUACUACUUCCAAGAAGGUGCUCAUGUAUACAGCAGACUGAAAGUGGCAGAUGCAUACAAGAAGGCCCUGCAGACGUGGGCUAAAUGGGUUGAUUCCACCAUUAACACCACCAGGACCACCAUCUUCUUUCGAAGCUACUCCUCCUCCCACUUCAAAGGUGGGCGAUGGGACUCAGGAGGGAGUUGCGACGGCGAGACGAAACCAAUCACCGAGGAAGCUCAUCUGGCGCCGCAUCCAUGGAUGGCGAGGGCCUUAGAAUCCGUUUUAUCGAAGAUGAAGACGCCGGUUCAGUACCUGAACAUAACUAGGAUGACAGACUACAGAAAAGAUGGGCACCCUUCAGUAUACAGGCAAUCAGCUUCAUCAGGGAGCCAUGACCAUGUCUUGGCUUCCCAGGACUGCAGCCACUGGUGCCUUCCUGGUGUGCCAGACUCCUGGAAUCAGUUGCUUUAUGCAAUCUUAAUUAAGUCCCAGAAAGAGAUUUCUCCUGUUUGACACCAGCACUCGCUGAUCUUGUUUCUGCAUUACAGGAUAUGAGGAAUCUUCUGCAUUCUUUGUAAUUGAGUUGGAUUCAAUUGAAUGAGGAAAAGAAAAAAGCAACGAUUUUUAGAGCAACUUGCA